AUGGAGUUCGACGACGAGAUGGGCUAUGCCGUAGGACCAAGCUCCUCGCGCUCAAACAGCCGACCGCCUCGCUCACGCUCUCAAGCACCCCAGGAAACUGUCAAGCAGUUCUGGGACCAAUUCAACACCAAGUACCCGGGCAAAGUAUACACCGUGCUGCCGGACAAUCCCUAUGCACGGACAAGGGCCAAGCAUGUGCCCAGCGGUCGCGUUCAAGGCCACGAGGCCGUCAAAUCGUAUGAGCAGGCGCGCCGGGAAUGUCAAAAGUCUGUCGACCGUAUUGUCAAGGAAUGCGAGCGUGUGAAUCAGAAAUACUCGGACCCGCACUUUGAUAUCGAGCUAGAUCUGAAGUCUGGUCGGAGACACUAUCUCGAUGGAUUGGAUAAGCCGAAUACGGAGAUGAGACCCAGGGGAGUGAAGAGAGUGACCGAAAUCUUUGAGAAUCCGCAGUUCUUUGUUAAUGGGCCUACCGCGUCAGAUGUGCGGCAGGGAUAUGAUGGAGAUUGCUGGCUCAUGGCUGCACUUUGCACUAUGGGUAACAAGGAGGAGCUGAUCGAGAAGAUUUGUGUUGCUCGCAAUGAAGAGGUUGGGAUUUAUGGAUUCGUCUUCCAUCGAGAUGGCGAGUGGCAGCAGUGCAUUGUAGAUGACAAGCUAUAUCUCCGUGCUGCUGACUAUGAUGAGUCUGUGGAAGAGCGGCCAAUCUGGGACGAUAUAAAUCGAACUGAUACAGAGGAAGAGUACCGGCGAGUCUGGCAGACCGGCUCGCGGGCCCUCUACUUCGCCCAGUGCGUCGAUGAAAACGAGACCUGGCUACCCCUCCUGGAGAAAGCCUUCGCAAAGGCCCAUGGUGACUAUUCCGCCAUCGAGGGUGGGUUUGUUGGUGAAGCCAUCGAGGAUCUCACUGGAGGCGUCACGUCCGAGGUCUUAUCCAGUAAUAUCCUGAAUAAGGACCGCUUUUGGACCGAGGAAAUUAUGAAGGUCAACAAGGAAUUCCUCUUUGGCUGUGGGACGGGCCUGUUUUCAAACUGGCUGGAUCCCAAGUACUGGGGUCCACCGAGAGAUCGAAAGGGUAUCUCAGAGGGCCACUCGUAUUCCAUCAUGGAAGCCAGAGAGAUUGACGGACAUCGACUACUGCGACUCAGGAACCCAUGGGGUCGCAAAGAAUGGCACGGUGCCUGGGGUGAUGGAUCCAAAGAAUGGACGCCCGAGUGGAUGCAAACUCUUGGCCAUAAAUUUGGCAACGAUGGUUUCUUCUGGAUCUCGUAUAAAGAUCUGCUCAGGAAAUACCAGCACUUCGACCGGACUCGCCUUUUUGGCCCUGAGUGGACUAUUACCCAGCAAUGGACUACCUUGAAUGUUCCCUGGUCCGCUGAUUAUCACAGCACCAAGUUCAUGAUGGAGGUGACUACGAGUGGUCCAGUAGUCAUUGUCCUAUCCCAGCUCGAUACGCGUUAUUUCAAAGGACUAGUUGGCGAAUACAGCUUCGUGCUCAAGUUCCGCCUGCAGAAGGAGGGCGAACGAGAUUACCUCGUGCGCAGCCAUAGCAGCCACUUCAUGGGCCGAUCUGUUAACGCCGAGAUUAACCUUGACCCGGGUCGCUAUCACGUCCUGAUGAAAAUCACAGCCUUCCGCCACGAAGACGCAGACUCGACCGAAGAAAUAGUCCGCCAGGUUGCCUCGACGAGAAGAGAGAAAUUGGUGCAGGUUGGCCUUUCAUACGACCUCGCGCAUGCGAAGGGACUGGUGGGCGAGACAGAGCAAGAAAAGCGGGAGCAAGAGCGUUUCAAGGCAGCUGAGCGAAGAAAGCUUCGCGACGAUAUUAAGAAAAGGAUGCAGAAGGACUGGAUCCGCAAUCAGAAGCUAAAUGCCCGAAAAGAGCGCAUGGAAGGCAUGGAAGCAAGGCGCGAGUGCCGCACGCCCAGCGGCAGCGGCAGCUCCUACGAUCACAACCCCGAACGCGAUUCGCUCCCUAGCCAAAUUCUGGCGGAGAAGCAAGUGGCGGAAUCCCCCAUCGACGCUGGAAGCAUGUCGAGCGAAAACAGUGACCGCCGUGUCAACGGGUCUGUCCCGGUCAUCCACGUCAACGGCGGCCAGGGCCUACAUGAAAGACACGCAAGACGCGCAAGCAGUGGAUGGCGACGUGGACCCGACUCACCGCGUCCCAGUCUAGACGCUCGAUUUGCUACAGAGACUCUGGACCCGAGUGACCUUGAGUUGCUAGAAGGGUUCGAAUUUGACAGCGAUCUCGAUAUGCCUCCUGACGAGGCUGAUGUGAAGAACCACCCUCCAUUGAUGGAUCACAACGAGCCUCCUGUUGACCCGUGGAAUGCCGUCUGUGUAGUUGGUCUGCGCGUUUACUCCAAGGAUCCGAUGUUGAGCUUACAGGUUGUGCGUCCUGUGCCAGAGGAUGAUACUGAAGCUCCUCUGGACCGAGACGACCCUGCGGCGUCGGCGACUACCUCUCGGCGAGACACUUAUUCGUGGAGGGACUCUUGGAGCAGCCAGCUGCCUAUAUAG